AUGGGUAGAAUUUCCUCGGCAGUAGAAAUCCCCGAAGACCGUCGCCGCCAUAGCCUCCGAGAAAAUGGCCGCUAUCCUACUGAACCCCAUAAUUACCACCGUCUUAGCCCUAGCCGAGGCCGCAGCAUAAGCCGGAGCCGGAGUCCAAGCUACAGUCGAAGCCCGCCAACCAGGUACCGUCGCUCUUCUCCUGAUUAUUCGUCGUACUCUAGACGUAGCCCAAGGCCCGAUGAAACCCUCGAUUCCGAUGGAAGAAAUAGAAACACGUAUGAUGAUAGAAAGACCCUCAAAUCUAAUGGAAGAAAUAGAAACAGGUAUGAUGAUAGAAAUAAACAGUUCCUCGAUCGAGAUUAUAGAAACGGACGACAUGGAGAGUCUGAAUCGGAUGAAGAAUUGAAAAGUUNUCGAGAUUAUAGAAACGGACGACAUAGAGAGUCUGAAUCGGAUGAAGAAUUGAAAAGUUUGGGAUUCGAAGAGUACAGGAGGCUUAAGCGCCAAAAAUUGAGAAAAUUGCUUAGGAAUUGUAUUUGGAAUAGUACUCCCAGCCCUCCUAGGGAUCCAGAACAAUCAUCGGAUUUGGAACCUGAGGAUGAAAUUACCAGGAAAGUUGAAGAAGAAAAAGAGAACAGAGAGGAUAAUAAAUUAAAGUCUGGUUCGAAAAGAGUGAGCAGCAAUUCGUCUGAGAGUGAAUCUGAGUCAGAGCCUGAGGAUUUUGAAUCUAGAUCAGAUGACUCGCUGUCAAGGAAGAAGAAGAUAUCGCUAAAAUCUACUAGCACUUUUUUGCCAUUUGCUACCGCGGCAGACCUAAGCUCGAUGACUGACUGUGGAGAAAUGUCGCGGAGAAGUAAGUAUCUUCUUGAUGCAUGGACAAGUCUCCACACAAGGAGACUAAGUCCGCGCAAACUGGAGAUGUCUCUGCGGAGAGGUCUCCACGCUAGGUGGAGACUGAGUCUGCGCAACGUGGAGAUGUCUCCGCGUUGCGCGAGGACCUCUCCUUGGUCAUUCCGAAUCUCCACGUAG